ACACCAGUUCUUAGUACAGUGCCUGGCAGAUAGUAAGCACUUAAAUUCCAUAAAAAAAAACUAACCCCAAAACCUCAGGUCUGGGCACAGUCAGAGAGAAACAGGGAAGGCAAUGGGGAGGGUAUAGGUCCUUCUUCCAACUUCUCCUAGGCUCUCCUCACAUCCCACCCCUACUAGAAUAUAAACUUGAAGGUAGGGAUCAUGUCUGCAAACUCUAAUGCACUGUACUUUCCAAAGGACCUAAUACAGUGCUCUGCCUACAAUCAGUGCUCAAUAAAUAUCACUGAUUGAUCUCAUCCCUCCUGGCAGGAUGGCUAAUCAGCAUUUCUCUGGUGGUCACACUCAAAUUUCUGGGUGGUUUCCCUUUCUCUCAUUCAUUUGCACCCUCCCUCCCCAUUGUUUUCCCAUAAUUCCCUGCCUCAGCUGUGAUAGAUUUUAAAUUCAUUAAGGGCAAUAACUGUGUCUACUUUAGGCUCUUUAGGGAGGAUCCAUCAGUCAAGUAAUCAAUGGUAUUUUUUGAGUGUUUAUUUUAUGACAUUGAAGAUGGCCAGGAAGUAAUAUUUUGGGUAGUUCUUUGUGGUUACUGGAAGGGGUAAAAUGGAUCUCUAAAACCACUCACAGGAUUGGAGAUGGCUUAGGACCAACCUAGGCCCCCUGAAGCCACUCUGGUUUGAAAUGAAUCCCCCGGGCAUAGUUUGGUUAUCCACCCCUGAUGCCGGGCCAGAUGGUUUCUAAGGUUAGGAUGGGAUGGUGGGACUUAGGUGUUCUCUUCUCUGUCAGGCUUCACCUAGGCUCUUUCCCUAACAGAGAGUUGGCCAAGAGGGCUCAGUGAAUGCUAAGGAAUACUGCAACUCUGGGUAAUAAAACCUUCCUGGACUUGGCUGGUUAAUUGAAAUGAGUCACUUUGCACAUAAGCAGAGAAGUGUACACACACACACACACACACACACACACACACACACACGAGUGCACGCCCAGAAUAAUUCUGGCCAUGCAAAGAACUAAGUCAUUGUUCUUGGACAAUGGGAGCCUAUGGGAGAUGCAGCCACUGAUUAAAGAUGAGGGGUUUCUCGAGCCUUCCUCUCCUACUUGCUCUGGAUCUGGGAAGCAGCAGAAACAAGGAUCGACUGGCAUAAAAUGCUCACGGCUCAGCUCCUGCCCGGGGUCCGGGUCUCGGCUUCGGGGACGGUCCUGGGUUUCCUCUGCCUGUCGACUGUGCUGAGAGCCGCCCCCGAGUUUUCAGGUUAUCUGAAGAAGGUUCUGAAGAACCACACAGCUCACGCGUGUGACGGAGAGCAACUGGGGGUCACCUGUCCCCACAGGACGACCAUCAGCAUCCUCUCAGCAUUUUAUGGCCGGCGGAUCCCCAGCCAGAACCUCUGUCCCGGUCCGGGGGGUUCGGCCCGAGAAAGCACCAACUGCCUGUCGGUCACGGCCCAACAGAAGCUUCUAGAUGAAUGUCAAGACCAGCAAUGGUGCCAUUUCUCGGUGAACAGCCGUGUGUUUGGUCCAGACCCUUGUCCUGGGACCCACAAGUACUUGAUUGUUUCCUACAAGUGUAGACCAGAGAACCAUCGAACGAAGACCGUGUGUGAAAAUGACAAGCUGAGGCUGCAGUGCCGCAACAGCUCCGUUCUGGCAAUAUACUCAGCCAGUUAUGGGAGGUUCCUAGAGGGAAAAUCAGAGUGUGAUUCCAAGAACCAAACCAUGCCUGACAUAGAAUGCUUAGCUCCUGGAGCCUUGAGGAGAGUUUCCAAGAAGUGUCACAGGAAGGAGAACUGCACCAUAUUUGCAGACAUGGCCACUUUUGGUAACCCCUGUUUCCCAGGAGUGAAGAAGCAGCUGAGAGUCUCUUAUGUGUGUGUGCCCAAACAGCUGCUGCAGCAAGUGGACCUGGAGUCUCCAGAUCCAUUUUCUCUCUCAGACUACACGCAUGGUGGAUGGUAUAAAGGGCCCAGAGUUUUCAAACUCCAUGAAGAUGUGGUGAUUGUUACUAGUUCUCUGGAAUUGCUUGUCCAUAUUUGGGGCAUGCCAGAGAAACUGGGACUCUACUUCCUUUGUGGGGUCUCCGCAGGCCUCGUCUUCCUGCUCUGCGUCUUUGCCCCCAAAAUGGCCUUCAUUCAGGAUGUGAAAGAAGCUUUCUGGGACCUGAAGAUCGGAGGAGAGUCCAAGUUGGGUGGGACCAAGCUGCAGGAUCAAGAGGAGGACGACAACCACAAUGACGACAGCUCUUCAGACUCCUCCUUCCGCCGACUUACCCGCAUCUAUCGAGCUUCGGACAACAUCUUCGGCCCUGAGCUGACUGCGGCUCUGGAGGGGGCAGCUGAAGAGAGGGGCCAGGAGGGAGAUGAGAUAUGGAUGCCAAAGGAGUCCAGCCCUUAUGCAAUUCACAAAAUCAAAUCCGCCACCAAAUGAAGCAAUGUGACCUAGUGGAAAGAGCCCAGGUCUGGAAGUCAGAGGACCUGGGUUCCAAUUCUGGU